GUAGGUAUUGGUGUUGAAGCGCACUUGCCGUGCUGCAAGCGAACGACGAACUAGGUAACGCCAGUUCUCUCACCACGCACGCAACGAUAUGCCUCGCUGCUACCCCUCCCUCACACUUAGGUCACUGUGGUGGGAGAAUAUUCGUGUAAAGCAUCGCGCGGUGGAAGGUAGCAAGUCACGUUGCACACGUGACUCGUGCUGCCAAGACUGUCGAUCUCCACUUCCUUUUUGGCCGACGUCCUUUCCCCAUCACCCACUUCACCCUCUGCCCCCAGAGCAACCCCUUCUGCGCGCCGACAGCCCCUACCCUUCUAAUUCUGUGCUUGCGUUCGUGGAAGUCACGGACCCUGCUUUGCGAGAAGCCAGCACCCACCACCAUCUCCGACUCACUCGCAUCACCUGCACACGCCCUUGCGGUCUUCUAGACACCAAGGCAUCAUCACUCCGACAUCUACACCACUGCACGCUUCUAGCCUAGUCAAGUUCCGACCGACCUCACCUCCACGCACUCUUCAACCGCACUGUCGCAAUUCCUUUCCAGCCGCCAGCACCAAUACGUUUCCUUGCAGCCCCCGCUGUACAUA